AAUUAUGGUCCUGCUUCCUGCUUUUCGUGGUGGGUCUCAAAACAACAUCAUCUGAAAGAAUCCCAAAAAAGUAGUGGAGGAUAAAUCCAUAUGGAGCAAACUCGAAGCAAAUAAUUUAAUCAGCAUCUGCUCUCCUUAUACUUACAAGACCAUUGUACUUACUGGAAGACUCGCACAAAAUACAUCAUGUCACAAAAGCCAAAGUACAUGAGAGUAGAUGAGGAGAGGACAAGUGAUGUGGACAUUCCUCUACCUCUCUGGAGGAAACUUUGUUUUGCCGUUGGAGGAGCCCCGUACCAAAUUACCAGCACCGUCAUCGGCUUUUUCCUCAACAUUUUCUUGCUUGAAGUUGCCCUGCUAGAACCAAAGUACGUCUCCAUCAUCUUGUUCAGUGGUAAGGCCUGGGAUGCGAUCACAGACCCGGGUAUAGGUCUCCUGGUGCAGAGAACCAACACGCGAUGGGGGAAAAUGAGGCCGUGGAUCAUCUUUUCGGCACCUCUGGCGUGCGCUGCUUACUUCCUGCUGUUCUAUGUGCCGUGGGACAUUGUCAGAGACGCUGACGGAAAGGAGGUCAUUGACGCCAGUAAUGCCGGAAAGUUAGGCUUCUACUUUUGCAUGUUCUGCCUGUUUGAAGGGUUGCUAUCUUGCCUGCACGUUCCGUACACUUCUCUCACCAUGUAUGUGGCUACGAGGCAGAAAGACAGGGACUCCAUUACUGCUAUACGAAUGGGAUUUGAAGCUAUAGGUGUCCUUAUCGCUGUGGUUGUUCAAGGAAUGUUUGUGUCGAGCACUCGGUGUAAGGGUGAUGAAAAACAUGUGCACAACUUCACAAUCUCAGCUCAGCGUGAUGCAUACAUGCAGGGGUCAUCCGUGGUGAUUGGCCUCUACUUGGUGUGCUGUCUCGUCGUCUUCUUUGGCUCUCGAGAGAAGAAAGGUACUUCAUCUAGAAUGUCAGAGUUUUUCUAUUAUCUCUUUGUGGUGGCCGAAUUUUGCUAUUCAAAAGGCUUUCGUGAUGCAUACAUGCAGGGGUCAUCCGUGGUGAUUGGCCUCUACUUGGUGUGCUGUCUCGUCGUCUUCUUUGGCUCUCGAGAGAAGAAAGGAAUAAUUGAAGAGAAGAAAGAACACCACAUGGGAUUUUUCCAGGGCAUCAAGCUUGUGUUCACGUUCAAGCCGUACUUAUGGGCGUCCUUGACCUUUCUGUGUCUCACAAUCGCCAUUCAGAUUGUCCAGGGCAACGUCGCCUUGUUCUGCACACAUACGCUCAAGAUGGGAGAAGAUUUCUCCUUCUUCAUUCUUGUGCUGCUGGUUGUGUCUAUACUUUCGAUGCCGUUCUGGCAGUUUAUAUCUGUGAAGUUUGGCAAGAAAAAGGCUUAUGCAGCUGGAAUGAUGGUAUCACUCUGCUGUUGUUCGUUUGCAGGAAUAAUUGAAGAGAAGAAAGAACACCACAUGGGAUUUUUCCAGGGCAUCAAGCUUGUGUUCACGUUCAAGCCGUACUUAUGGGCGUCCUUGACCUUUCUGUGUCUCACAAUCGCCAUUCAGAUUGUCCAGGGCAACGUCGCCUUGUUCUGCACACACACGCUCAAGAUGGGAGAAGAUUUCUCUUUCUUCAUUCUUGUGCUGCUGGUUGUGUCUAUACUUUCGAUGCCGUUCUGGCAGUUUAUAUCUGUGAAGUUUGGCAAGAAAAAGGCUUAUGCAGCUGGAAUGAUGCUGAUGAUUCCCGUGUUCACCUCCCAGCUGUUCCUCCCAGCCAACGUCAAGUGGCUGUACUACGCCCUCAUGGUAGUCGCUGGAUUGGGCAUCUCGGUGGCCUUGCUGUUGCCAUGGUCUGUGCUGCCUGAUGUGAUUGACCUGUAUAUGCUGGAGAGGAACGCGCGCCAUGACGCACUCUUCUACUCUUUCUACGUGUUCUUCAACAAGCUGGCAGCUGGCAUUGCUUUGGCUGCCUCGCAGUUAGCGCUUGAGUUUGGCGGCUAUGUCACAGGAGAGUGUCACCAACCCAAGGAAGUGUCGCAGACGCUGCGUCUGUUGGUCACGCCGGGCCCCGUUGUCAUGGUGAUCCUGGCUCUCAUUGCCCUCUACUACUAUCCAAUCGAUGAGCACCUGCGGAGGAGUAUAAAACACCGACUCCAGGAAUUUGAUGCGCGUAUUUUAUCGCACGUUGAGGACACGAGUGCUGUUAUAACCACUCCAGCCUUUGUUACAUUGUCCCACAAUGACAAGGACCCAUCACAGAGUCCAUCAGCACUUCUGUUUGCUGACCCCCCUCCCAACAUGUCAAAACCCGCCAAAACUCCCAUUACCAAACGAUUACUACUUUUGAUCAAUGUCCCCGGAGAAUCCUUUGAAGGGCGUUCUGCCGCUUGUGGGAAAACCAGCAGCCAGUCUGGCAACACCGUGAUAGCUUUGCCAGCCCCCUGGUGA